AUGGUCACCAUCACGCCGUCACCGAAUAAUCCUAAUGGUUGCAAUCAAAAUUCUGUUGUACCUACGAAUAUCACGAGCCCUAACUAUCCAAGAAAUUACCCACCUCUAACGCAAUGUCGUUAUCAACUGACAACCGAUAAUAAGCAUAGGAUACAUUUGACUUUUGGAGCGAUAGAUACUGAGCAAUGUUGUGAUAUUAUUGACGUUUACGACUAUGAUGGCACUCCAUACUAUGUAUUAUUAGACAGGUGAGA